CUCGUAUUCAAAUCGUGGAAUAACGCUGAUUCACUCGAGCGUUUGAAAUCAGCGAAAUUUACCUUGUCAAUGCAAACAUAAUUUGCAAUCAUUCUACUUAUCGUCUGCAAAAUGUUGCGAAGUAAAACAGGAAAAUUUCAAUCGAAAAAGUCAUUUGUUAAGCAAUUCAAAGCUCAAGAGUCCAGAAGAAAUAUAUUAGUAAGUCAUCCUGUUGAUGAGCCCAUUACAGAAGAUCACAACUACGUGCAUGCCAACACUUAUCCAGUUUUCUCAGACUCAGAUCUUGAACUUGGUGCAAGCUGUACCAUUGACCCAUCUCUUAAUAAUGACUGGAAGACAGGUAGACGGGUAGUCGAGCUUCAAGCCUUAGCCCAACAGAUGUUUUGCACCUCGUGUGAUGCUCGACUACACCUGGCCGACAUCGAGAGCGAGAGACGAUAUGGUUUAGGCAGCAUACUUUUUAUAAGGUGUCAGAACAGUGUGUGCAGUUCAUUAAACGACGUUAAAACAGGAAAGAGAAACAACGGAACAUUUGACAUCAAUUCAAAAUUAGCACUAGCCAUGGUACACACAGGAAUGGGCCCAGUACAGAUUAACAACUUCCUUGCAACUUUAAAUUUACCACCAGUUGUGCCGUCCACUCUUAAGAGAAGGGAACAAAAAAUUGAUACAACUCUGGAGACCGUAGCCAAAAAAUCUUGUCUUGAGGCCCAAAAGGAAGAAAUUGAAAAGGGAAAUGGAAAGAUGGAAGUAAGCUUUGACGGUGGGUGGCAGAAAAGGGGUACAGGAUGGAAUUAUAAUAGUAAUACAGGCCAUGCAUCAUUAAUUGGGAAAGAAACAGGAAAGGUAUUGCAGUUCUCUCUUAGAAGUAAAUCUUGCCAGAUAUGUGCCCUACAUCAGAGCAAAAACCACACUAUACCUGUACACGAAUGUUCAAAAAACUGGGAUGGUUCUAGUAAGGCAAUGGAGCCUGACAUGGCAAUAUCAAUGGCCAGAGAGUUAGAGGAAACUGGAUGUGCAAUAGAUGUCAUCCAUGGUGAUAAUGACUCGACCACAACUUCUCGACUGAAAGCUGUUUUCCCUUCCAUUGAGAAGAAAGAUGACAGUAACCACACUAAAAAAGGCAUCACAUCAAAACUAUAUAAGCUUAGCCACAAAUAUAAAGUUCUAAAACAACCAAAUGUAAUAUCUUACAUUGGGAGAUGCUUCAUGUACGCCAUAAAAGAAUGCCAGACAAAAGAGCCAGAGAGUCUUAGAAAAUCACUGGAUAUUAUAGUUCCACAUUUAUAUGGUGACCACUCUCUUUGUGCCAGUGAAGAUGCUACCUGGUGCAGUUAUCAGAAGAAUCCUUCUCAAUUCAGGUACCGCAGUCUACCGCAGGGUAAGCCUCUCACAUGUCCAAGUCUCCAGACAGAUCUUAAAGCCAUUGUAAACAGCCAAAAAGAUAGAGCUGCCUGCUUGACCAACUUAGGAUCAACCCAAGCAAAUGAGAAUUUUAAUUUCAUAGUUUCAACAAAAGCUCCAAAAAACAAGUCAUUUGGAUCAAGCAAAUCUCUGACAGGGAGAAUUUCAGCAUCUGUUCUGCAGAAGAACGAGGGUCACAAGUAUUUAGAAAAGGUUAACAAGGCUGUAGGAUUAUCACCGGGAGAAUUUACCUUCAGAAUGGCCUUAAAAAUUGCUGCUAAGAGAAAGCUUCAAAAAGCAAAGCAGAUUAGUUUACAAGCAAAGAGGAAACGUCUGUUGAAAAAAAUAUUGAAAAGUAAGAAAGAAGCAACUAAGGAAAUUCAUGAAGGUGUUACCUACUACCAAGCUGCUGAAUUACAUCUAGAUGAAGAACUAAUCCAAACAACAGAAAUUCCCAAUAGAUUAACACUACCUAAAAAUGCCUUUACAUAUGUUGUAUUUGAUACAGAAACAACUGGCAGAGGGAGAAAUAGUGACAUUUUGCAGAUAGCAGCUGGUGAUGAUUUUAAUGUGUAUGCUCAGCCACGUUGUGAAAUUUCUGAACAGGCAUCUGCUGUGAAUAUGCUAAGAUACGAUAGGGGAACAAAUACUAUGUUCCAUAGAGGUAUUCCAGUUUUAUCAAAACCAAUACAGGAAGCUCUUUUGGAUUUUAUUGAAUAUCUAAAGAAAGUUCCUCAACCCAUACUUUGUGAUGUUGGCAACUACAAGCAGGAAAAUCUCGUCAGUAAACUUACAAACUGCACUUAUCAAGCACAUGAUGCAAAAGAAGAUGUGAGAGUAUUGACUACUUUAUUCACAGAAAAAAUAGAGACGGAAGUGCUUGAUGAAGACCUUUUCCACAUAUCCUUUCAUGAUGUGAAGAAAAGAUAUGAUGAAAUUUUACAACAGAAAUUUAUGUCAUUAGCAGCAGUGACCAAGUUGGCCAGAAAUGGUGUCUCUCCACUUCAUCUUAGAUUAGCGCAUAACAGAAACUCUGGUUUAAAGUUAUUAUUAACUGAUCUGCAUAUAAGAUUAACAAACAAGAACUUAACAUCUGUGAUUAGUUUCCUGGAGAAAGAAGAGUGA